UGCGCCCACUGAAAAUAUGAAAAGUUGGCGCCCAUGCUUGUGGCCAUGGUUAUAACAGGUUCUAAAUUUUCUUUCCUUCAUUUACUUUUUUGUCAAAAUUUUAUGAAUGACACAUUGCAAUGAGUAGAAUACCUGAGAAUUUGGAAAGAUUCGAAACCGAACCUGAAUAUAAAAAGCAGCCAGUAGAUCCCAUUUAUAUUUUUCGGGGUGUAGCUCGUUCGGCUCAAAUUGCGUUGCCAGAAUUAGCAGAAAACAGAAAAUGUACGGAUAUUAUAGUGGGCGUUAUUUUUGGAAUAGCUGUUUUAAGUCUGUUUGGUUCUGCCGUUUAUAUAGCUUCAAAUUCUGAUAUCAGAAAGCUAACAAAUGGUGCAGAUGGUUGUGGAAAUAUUUGUGGAGUAAAAAACACCGAACCGUAUAAUGAAACUUGUCCAGGAAAAGACUUCACCGAUUACCCAUAUCUAGACGUGAGACAAGAAGAAUGUAUUACGGCUAAUGAGUGCAAAAAGAGAAACAAGACACUAUUUGGUGUACGAUGUAUGACUGAACAAAAAAAAACUUCAAGGAUGAAGCAGGAGUUAUUUUCCGGUCGUGACUACUAUAAAUCUACUGAAAAUAUUGUUCCCUAUACCAUAAUAGUGAUGAUUUUAAUGCCAUCUGUGUCUUCAGGAUUGGCUAUUCUGGUGUAUAUCCAGAUUAAGCGCCAUCCAAAGUGUUCUUUCUAUUUUUUUACUAUUACUACAAUCAUUCUACUUUUAAUUUUGGCUGCCUAUUGUUGGUAUUCAUUUAUUACUCUUGAUAAAGGGACCAAUAGAAUGACGAAACUUCUAAUACUUUGCAACGCUGUCGCGUACACAGUACUUGGUCUGGUGUUGCUUGCUACAAUUGUAUGUAGAUACAGUAGGAUUUAUCUUUUAAUAGAAGUCUAUCGUGAAACACUCAAGGCAAUUUUUAAUUCAAAGCUUCUCCUGCUUGCACCUCUUGUGACAAUGGCGGUAACGUGUUUUUUUGGCAUUAUAUGGUUAUUUAUGGCAUUUUUGACUUUUUCCGUUAAAAUUACGGAGCAUGAAGGUAUUCCACCUGCCAGAAUAGGAUACUUCUGUUUCCUGUUUUUCAUGGGAUAUUGGAUAUUUCUGUUUAUAGAAGGAUGUCAAUGUAUGGUGGUAGCUGGAACGAUAGCAAGUUAUUAUUUUUCAAGAAACCGAGAUAAUUUAGAGGGUCAAUACUGUAAAAAUGUGAGAAUAGUGGUUCGCUUUCAUCUGGGUAGUGUGGCGACUGGAUCACUGCUUAUUACUAUAGCAGCAAUGAUAAGAAUACUGGUUGAAGCUGCCACUAGUAGUGAGGAUUCUAAUAACUGGGCGUGGAUAAUUUUGAAGUGUAUAAUAAAUUGCAUACUUAAACUUAUCGAAGAGAUAAUAAAUUAUUUUAGUCAAAAAGCGUAUAUAAUGACAGCUAUUCAUGGUAAAAACUUCUGGUCAUCUGGUAAGCGGGCAAUCAAAAUAAUAUGGCACAACUUUUUGGACACAAUAUCAGUUGAUGGACUAAACUCUGCUGUUCAAUUUUCAGCUUCUAUUUUAAUUUUGCUUGUCACGUUACUUGUUGGAUGGGCUGUUCUAAUAGAACAAAGUGAAGGUUUUGUAAUCCUGAAUAUUUUAUUUGGCUUUCUACUCGCAAGCGCCGCAUUAUACGUAUACUUUUCAAUGUUGACCACUGCGGUUGGGACAAUCUUCUUAUGUUAUUGCGAAGAUGUCAUAAUGAACGAUGGUAGCCGUGAACGACCCUACUUUAUGAGUAAAGAACUCGAAGAGACGCUGGAUGAAGCCUUGGAAGAUGUUGCCGAAAAAAGAGAAGCACAAAGAGAGGAAGAAGAAACCUAGAAACAGACCAAAAUUAAAACAUUAAAAUUAUAUCCAAGUGAUAAUCACGGUGUAAAAUUUAAAUUUAAUUAGAAUAUUUAAAAAAAUUUGAACACAAUUAUUUUAAAUUGAUAGU